AUGGAGGCGACCGCGAUAGCGAAUAUAACUGCGCUGCAGCGGUUCCGCCAACGCACUCGCACGCACGUCUCCGACGCAACCGUCAAAAUGCGUGUGAUACUAGCGACGUUGGCUGUCCUUGCAGUAGUGACAACUGCAAAAGAAUCGGACAGCAGAGCGCGUAUUGUGUGCUACUUCAUCACCGAGAAAACGAACGAGGUCAUGGUCAUUGACCCCGAGUUAGACGUCGAGAAGAGCGGCUUCAGGAACUUCACUUCGCUGCGCGCCUCCCACCCCGGCGUCAAGUUCAUGGUGGCGGUUGGGGGUUGGGCGGAGGGUGGCUCGAAGUACUCCCACAUGGUGGCCCAGAAGACCUCCCGAAUGACGUUCGUCAGGAGCGUAGUAGACUUCUUGAACAAAUACGACUUUGACGGAUUGGACCUGGAUUGGGAAUACCCGGGAGCGGCGGACAGGGGUGGUUCGUUCUCCGACAAGGACCGCUUUCUCUAUCUGGUCCAGGAGCUGAGGAGGGCUUUCAUUAGGGCUGGCAAGGGUUGGGAGCUGACUGCUGCGGUCCCACUCGCCAACUUCCGUCUGAUGGAGGGCUACCACGUGCCGGAUCUUUGCCAAGAAUUGGACGCCAUCCACGUCAUGUCGUACGAUUUGCGCGGGAAUUGGGCCGGCUUCGCGGACGUCCAUUCGCCGCUUUACAAGCGCCCUCACGACCAGUGGGCUUAUGAGAAACUAAAUGUGAACGACGGGCUUAAUCUGUGGGAGGAGAAGGGCUGCCCUUCCAAUAAGCUGGUCGUGGGUAUCCCAUUUUAUGGCCGCUCGUUCACAUUGUCCGCUGGUAACAACAACUACGGCCUGGGGACUUACAUCAAUAAGGAGGCAGGUGGCGGCGACCCGGCUCCCUACACAAACGCCACCGGGUUCUGGGCGUACUACGAGAUCUGUACCGAAGUCGAUACGGAGGGCUCGGGCUGGACAAAGAAAUGGGACGAGCACGGGAAAUGUCCCUACGCGUACAAGGGCACCCAGUGGGUCGGAUACGAGGACACGCGCAGCGUCGAGAUAAAAAUGAACUGGAUCAAGGAGAAGGGGUACCUCGGGGCGAUGACGUGGGCAAUCGAUAUGGACGACUUCAGGGGACUGUGCGGAGAGAAGAAUCCACUAAUUAAUUUGCUCCACAAACACAUGGACUCGUAUAGGGUGCCCCCGCCGCGCACCGGACACACAACGCCGACUCCGGAGUGGGCGCGGCCGCCGUCGACUACCUACGACCCGUCGGAGGGCGCGCCGGUCACCACGACCACGACGAGCGCGCGGCCGACCACCGCCACGGCCACCACGGCUAAGGCGACCACGACGACCACGAGGCGCACGACGACCACGAGGGCCACGACGACCGCGGCAACGUCGACCACGGAAGAUCCCAGCGAUGACAUCGGACCAAUCAACGACAAACCAGAGGAGCCACCGACGGAAAAUGAAGUGGACAACCCUGGAGAUAUCUGCGAUUCGGAAGAGGAUUACGUCCCAGACAAGAAGGCCUGCGAUAAGUAUUGGCGCUGCGUAAACGGAGAAGCUGUCCAGUUCACUUGCCAACCGGGCACCGUGUUCAACACUCAGCUGAACGUUUGCGACUGGCCACAGAGCGCUAAGCGUCUUGACUGCAAU